UUCGCUCUGGAGCAGAUUUCCAAGGGGAAGGCUACCGGCCGGAAAGCACCGCUGUGGCUGAGAGCGAAGUUUCAGAGACUCUUAUUUAAACUGGGUUGUUACAUUCAAAAAAACUGCGGCAAGUUUUUGGUUGUGGGUCUCCUCAUAUUUGGGGCCUUCGCUGUGGGAUUAAAGGCAGCUAAUCUCGAGACCAACGUGGAGGAGCUGUGGGUGGAAGUUGGUGGACGAGUGAGUCGAGAAUUAAAUUAUACCCGGCAGAAGAUAGGAGAAGAGGCUAUGUUUAAUCCUCAACUCAUGAUACAGACUCCAAAAGAAGAAGGCGCUAACGUCCUGACCACAGAGGCCCUCCUACAACACCUGGACUCAGCACUCCAGGCCAGCCGCGUGCACGUCUACAUGUAUAACAGGCAAUGGAAGUUGGAACAUUUGUGCUACAAAUCAGGGGAACUUAUCACAGAGACAGGUUACAUGGAUCAGAUAAUAGAAUACCUUUACCCUUGCUUAAUCAUUACACCUUUGGACUGCUUCUGGGAAGGGGCGAAGUUGCAGUCGGGGACAGCGUACCUCCUAGGUAAGCCUCCUUUGCGGUGGACAAACUUUGACCCCUUGGAAUUCCUCGAAGAGUUAAAGAAAAUAAACUACCAAGUGGACAGCUGGGAGGAGAUGCUGCAUAAAGCUGAAGUCGGCCAUGGAUACAUGGACCCUCUUGAUGUGGCCCUUGUUUUGAAUGGUGGAUGUCAAGGUUUAUCCAGGAAGUAUAUGCAUUGGCAGGAGGAGUUGAUUGUGGGUGGCACAGUCAAGAAUGCCACUGGAAAACUGGUCAGUGCUCGCGCUCUGCAGACCAUGUUCCAGUUAAUGACUCCCAAGCAAAUGUACGAGCACUUCAGAGGCUAUGAGUACGUCUCUCAUAUCAACUGGAAUGAGGAUAGGGCAGCAGCCAUCCUGGAGGCUUGGCAGAGGACAUAUGUGGAGGUCGUUCAUCAAAGCGUUGCCCCGAACUCCACCCAGAAGGUGCUUUCCUUCACCACCACCACCCUGGACGACAUCCUAAAAUCCUUCUCCGAUGUCAGUGUCAUCCGAGUGGCAAGUGGCUACCUACUGAUGGUUUUGCCAUUUCUUGCUCUUGGUGUUGGUGUGGAUGACGUCUUCCUCCUGGCACAUGCAUUCAGUGAAACAGGACAAAAUAAAAGGAUUCCAUUUGAGGACAGGACCGGGGAGUGCCUCAAGCGCACAGGAGCCAGCGUGGCCCUCACCUCCAUCAGCAAUGUUACUGCCUUCUUCAUGGCCGCAUUAAUCCCGAUACCUGCACUUCGAGCAUUCUCCCUCCAGGCUGCGGUAGUAGUGGUGUUCAAUUUUGCGAUGGUGCUGCUCAUUUUUCCUGCGAUUCUCAGUAUGGAUUUAUAUAGACGAGAAGACAGAAGAUUGGAUAUUUUCUGCUGUUUCACAAGUCCCUGUGUCAGCAGGGUGAUUCAGGUUGAACCACAGGCCUACACAGAGCCUCACAGUAACACCCGUUACAGCCCCCCACCCCCCUACAGCAGCCAUAGCUUCGCCCACGAAACACACAUCACCAUGCAGUCCACUGUUCAGCUCCGCACAGAGUACGACCCUCAUACGCAUGUGUACUACACCACCGCCGAGCCAAGAUCCGAGAUCUCUGUACAGCCAGUCACCGUCACCCAGGACACCCUCAGCUGUCAGAGCCCUGAGAGCACCAGCUCCACCAGGGACCUGCUUUCCCAGUUCUCAGACUCCAGCCUUCACUGUCUCGAGCCCCCCUGCACCAAGUGGACACUCUCUUCGUUUGCAGAGAAGCACUAUGCUCCCUUCCUCUUGAAACCCAAAGCCAAGGUUGUAGUAAUCCUCCUUUUCCUGGGCUUGCUGGGGGUCAGCCUUUAUGGGACCACACGUGUCAGAGACGGGCUAGACCUCACGGACAUUGUUCCCCGGGAAACCAGAGAAUAUGACUUCAUUGCUGCACAGUUCAAGUACUUUUCUUUCUACAACAUGUAUAUAGUCACCCAGAAAGCAGACUACCCAAAUAUCCAGCACCUGCUUUAUGACCUUCAUAAGAGUUUCAGUAAUGUGAAGUAUGUCAUGCUGGAAGAGAACAAGCAACUUCCCCAGAUGUGGCUGCACUACUUCAGAGACUGGCUCCAAGGACUUCAAGAUGCAUUUGACAGUGACUGGGAAACUGGGAGGAUCAUGCCAAACAAUUACAAAAAUGGAUCGGACGAUGGGGUCCUCGCCUACAAACUCCUGGUGCAGACUGGCAGCAGAGACAAGCCCAUCGAUAUCAGUCAGUUGACUAAACAGCGGCUGGUGGAUGCAGAUGGCAUCAUUAACCCCAGCGCUUUCUACAUCUACCUGACGGCUUGGGUCAGCAACGACCCUGUAGCUUACGCUGCCUCCCAGGCCAACAUCCGGCCUCACCGACCAGAAUGGGUCCACGACAAAGCCGACUACAUGCCAGAGACCAGGCUGAGAAUCCCAGCAGCGGAGCCCAUUGAGUAUGCUCAGUUCCCUUUCUACCUCAACGGCCUGCGAGACACCUCGGACUUUGUGGAAGCCAUUGAAAAAGUGAGAGUCAUCUGUAACAACUACACGAGCUUAGGGCUGUCCAGCUAUCCCAACGGCUACCCCUUCCUCUUCUGGGAGCAGUACAUCAGCCUGCGACACUGGCUGCUGCUAGCCAUCAGUGUGGUGCUGGCCUGCACGUUUCUAGUGUGUGCGGUCUUCCUGCUGAACCCCUGGACGGCUGGGAUCAUUGUCAUGGUCCUGGCUUUGAUGACAGUUGAGCUCUUCGGCAUGAUGGGCCUCAUUGGAAUCAAGCUGAGUGCUGUGCCUGUGGUCAUCCUGAUUGCUUCUGUCGGCAUUGGAGUGGAGUUCACCGUCCACGUGGCUUUGGCCUUUCUGACAGCCAUUGGUGACAAGAACCACAGGGCUAUGCUUGCCCUGGAGCACAUGUUCGCUCCUGUUCUGGACGGUGCUGUGUCCACUCUGCUGGGCGUACUGAUGCUUGCAGGGUCCGAAUUUGAUUUCAUUGUCAGAUACUUCUUUGCUGUCCUGGCGAUCCUCACCGUCUUGGGGGUUCUCAACGGACUCGUUUUGCUGCCUGUUCUCCUGUCCUUCUUUGGGCCGUGUCCUGAGGUGUCUCCAGCCAAUGGCCUGAACCGGCUGCCCACUCCUUCGCCUGAGCCACCCCCAAGUGUCGUCCGAUUUGCAGUGCCUCCUGGUCACAUGAACAAUGGGUCUGAUUCCUCUGACUCGGAGUACAGCUCUCAGACCACAGUGUCGGGCAUCAGCGAGGAGCUCAGGCACUAUGAGGCCCAGCAGGGUUCUGGAGGUCCUGGCCACCAAGUGAUCGUGGAAGCCACAGAAAACCCUGUCUUUGCCCGGUCCACUGUGGUCCAUCCUGAAUCAAGACAUCACCCUCCCUUGAAUCCUCGGCAGCAGCCCCACCUGGACUCUGGCUCCCUGUCUCCUGGACGACAAGGCCAGCAGCCUCGAAGGGAUCCCCCCAGAGAAGGCUUGCGGCCACCCCCAUAUAGACCGCGAAGAGACGCUUUUGAAAUUUCUACUGAAGGGCAUUCUGGCCCUAGCAAUAGGGACCGCUCAGGCCCCCGCGGGGCCCGUUCUUACAACCCUCGGAACCCAACGUCCACUGCCAUGGGCAGCUCUGUGCCCAGCUACGGCCAGCCCAUCACCACUGUGACAGCUUCCGCCUCCGUGACUGUCGCUGUGCACCCCCCACCUGGACCUGGGCGCAACCCCCGAGGGGGGCCCUGUCCGGGCUAUGAGAGCUACCCUGAGACUGACCAUGGGGUGUUCCAGGACCCCCAUGUGCCUUUCCAUGUCAGGUGCGAGAGGAGAGACUCCAAGGUGGAAGCCAUAGAGCUUCAGGACGUGGGGUGUGAGGAGAGGCCUUGGGGGAGCAGCUCUGACUGAGGUGUGUACCCAUGUGCCCCCGGGGUGCUUUCCAGGGUUCCCUGAGCACUGGCGCAUCCCAAACUGGACCCUGGGGGGGGACCUUUUCUCCCCAGGCAAGGCUGAUGUGGCCAAACCAGUGCAGUUCCAAACUGGAUUUCUUUUCCUUUCACUAGUAAUCUUUUACUUGGUUUAACAGCUCUACCUUGUUGUACCUGUUUGCCCACCACUUGCAGCACAGUUCUAACAAGUGUGCCAAUGACCUUGCAAGGCAGAAAUAGAUGAAACGAAUUUAGAGCCACAGUCAGCCCAUUGUAGAGUUUCUGUGUUCUCAGUGCCCCCUCGGAGUUAAGGGGCUGUGUUGCAUGAGAGGUGCACGGCUCUCUGGUCGUGACCGUGAUGUGACUUCCUUUUUUGUUUUCUUUUAAAGGGUAAUUAAAAUCUGAAGCAAAGAGGCCAAAGAUUGGAAAAAAAAACCCCGCCCCCCACCUCUUUCCAGAACUGACUGCUUGAAGAGAACUGCUUUGGAAUUAUGGGAAAGCAGUUCAUUGUUACUGUAAUUGAUUGUAUUAUUUUGUGAAAUAUUUCUAUAAAUAUUUAAGAGGUGUACACAUGUAAUAUACAUGGAAAUGCUGUAAAGUCUAUGGCCUGGGGCCUCUCCACUCCUGCCCCCGAGUGGGGAGACCACAGGGGUUCCCUCCCCCUGUGUACAUUGGUCCCUGUGCCGCAAACAAGCUUAACUUAGUUUUUAAAAUCCCCCCCCAGCAUAUGUCGCUGCUGCUUAAAUAUUGUAUAAUUUACUUGUAUAAUUCUAUGCAAAUAUUGCUUAUGUAAUAGGAUUAUUUGUAAAGGUUUCUGUCUAAAAUAUUUUAAAUUUGCAUAUCACAACCCUGUGGUAGGAUGAAAUGUUACUGUUAACUUUCGAACACGCUAUGCGUGGUAAUUGUUUAACGAGCAGACAUGAAGAAAACAGAUUAAUCCCGGUGGCUUCUCUAGGGGUAGUUUUAUGCAGUUCUCAUGGGUGUGUAUGUGAGUGUGUGAUUUCCCAAUGUACUGUACUGUGAUUUUGCUGUUGUUUUGUUCUUUUUCUUGUUUCUCUUUGCUUCAUGUGACCUUAGCUCCAUCUGGCCUAGUCAAGUUGGGAAAGUCAAGGUCUCUUUCUGUCUUGGUGCUGGUGGAAGGGUGGACCUGUCAUGUGUCUUAUUCUCUGGAAAUAGUCCAGAGAAGCCAAACUUGGCUUCAUGCCUGCGGCAGCUCCUGAGAUCAUAGGUAGCCCUCCAGGGACUUCCCCUCGUGCUUCAAAGAGAACACAUUCUCAUAGAUCAUAAUGUUGAGUGUUAGGGCCUCUGUAUAUGGACCCAGCAGUCUUCACUGGUGGUGAAUCUCAGACGGAUCAUGAGAUGACACUCAAGGGAAGUGUGGUAUUGUACCUUUCUGAUAACCGGCACAUACACACAGCCUCCCACCCCCGUAACCCAGAUGCAGGCAGAAAAAUCUAAUUCAUUCAAGAUCUAUGCUCAAUCCUUUACAAAUCUGAAUCCCUCACAAUAAAUUGACUGCCUGGUUGGCGCAUGCCGAUGGCAGAGCAAGUCAACUAUGAGAGGUCUGAGCUUCUGAAGACGCUUCUCCACUGUUAGAAUUCACCCAGUGUGAUGUCCAUGCGAGAUCAGUAAAGUGCCACCUCAUAGAAGUGUAUAGAAGAAGCUCUUUGAACCAGGUGUUAGAUAUUAAAAUUUGAUCCUGUUUUCUUUCCCUGAGGGUUAGGUUUCUUUGCCUCUGGCCAGAGACUAGUAGAUGGGGAAGCAAUAUCCUCCUUUGUGAGUGAACACUGAGGAUUUGUGUCAGAGGAAGGAAGUUAGUGUCCAUGGAAGCUACUUUGAGGAGUGCACUUGACAUUUGUUCAGCCCUCCUAUUCUGCAUGGAAGUUUGUAAGGCAAUGGGCCCCUAGUAAUACCAGCAGUCUAGUGACCUCAGACCGUAAAACUCAUCCCCAAACUAUAAGGUACUAAUUGGAAGCCACCAGUGGCUACCAUGUGGGGUGUGUGUGUGUGUGUGUGUAAAUAUGCCAGAGGCCCUGGCCACCCACUGCUACUGUCUUAAUGCCUGUCAAGCCACUGUCUGCCUACCCAAAACCAGCUCUGCUCAGAUAGCUCGCACCCUGAGUUCAGAAGGGAGAUGUAAAAUUCUGAAGCCGAUUCCUUGCAAUUCUUGGUUGUGUCCAGUUACUCCUGAGCCUCAUUCACGGAGUAAGGAAGUUCGUACAGCCGUUGGGUUUCUGUGCGUCAGGAAUUGCAUCAGCCAAGGCAGGAAGGACACAGAGCUGACAGGAGACUACAGUCUCGGAGUGUAUGUAUUGUCUGUCUGUCUGUCUCCUCAUAGUUUUAUUUUGUCUGUAUUGUUUGUUCAUUUGGAUGUUUUAAUUUUUAAAAGAAAAGAUCUUUGCUGAUAUUUAUAAUUUUGUAUCAUAAGAAUGUCCUCCAGAAUCUGUCAUGCCAGUUUAUAACAACAACAACAACAACAAAAAAAAAAAAAUGCAGGGAUUUUAUUUCUAUUGGAAACACUAUUGCAGUUAUGUUUUACUUUUGAACAGAAGUUUUAUUUGUAUAGAGUGCUUACUAAUGUUAAAUAGUUCAGAGUAUAUAACAUUUACAUUAAGGACUCAUGGUAGGUUUUAGUGUAAGGAGUUUAAAGGAAAUAAAUAUUCAAACUGGGUCUCGUUGUCUGCCAAAUUGGGUGGAAAUGAGUUUGUGUCAUUUCAAUUACAAAGAUGAAAGUAUGCCAUAUAAUUUAUUUAUAUGAAAAUUUAUUUUUGUAGUGUACAUAGUAGUCAUCAAGUCUUUUGACAGAAGUAUAUUUUUAAAGAAUUUAUAUGUAAUAAAAUCCAUAAUGUCUGGAACUUUGCUGAGACAUGAGUGUGAGGAAACUUUUCGUUGUAAAUGACAGCAAGGAAGAGGAAAUGUUUAACAGUGUAGAGAGUACAAGAGAGCAGCUAUCCAUGUGAUUGGGAAGUGUUGAUGUGAGCAUUGUGACCUGGUUACAGUUCUCAGAUGAAAAUGUACAAAACUCUCUAAAUAUUAAUGUUCAAACACUGAUAGAAAUUCUAACAUGAAUAAAGAUAAUAUAACUCGUUGGUUUA